GCUUUCAGCUUCUUGGUAAUACGUGUUGUCACUGCCAAAGCAAUACCUCGUCUGGUAGCACGGGUGGCCAACAAUAUUAAAGCCUAUGUACACCCGUAUUCACCGAUUCCAGGAUAGGUUCUCUCGGAUUGUAACUUGCCUCUUCUGGUCACGGCUGGUUUCCAUAUUCGCCUCAGCAAUCAACUUACUAUCACGCGAACCGCUGCCCUCACCUAACCUCCCCUGGUCACUGUCAAUUGUACCCAUGCGGUCGAACGAAUUCUGCUGUGUUUUCUUCACUUGGCCGUGUCGCAUUGCACUGCUUAGCAAGAGUCAGGGCGCGUAUAAUAUGUCGUUCGGAACCUGUGCGGAGCGCUCAAGGGCCGACUUCAAUCACACGUUUUUGAAGCUGAAAAACCACUCCAAUCGUGGUAAGUGUUCGAAGUUUGACGUAGGAUUGCAACACCUGCCAGUUGAAGAGACCUCCAACGUUCGUCGCCACAGUCUUGCCAAGAAUUCGUGUUUGUAUUAUCCCCGACGUCCGGCCCUGCUUUGUAUUGCAUUACAGAUGGGUGUAACGAUUAUCUCCAAUUAACCUCACUUUUGAGUCGCGUUACUGCCCUUUCCCAAUACGCCCGCUGCCCGUGAGCUCGGAUCCGCCUCCCAAAAGCCACUCGGACCGUCACUUAAUCCCCCGGGCAGUGUCCUGGCAGUUCUGCACGCUUGCUCACAAGUCUGAUAAGCCUAGUUCGGCACACCGUUCAGGCGAAUAAUGCGGCAUGGCAUAUGCACUAUCGCGAAGUCG